AUGAUGCAAAACGGAAUGGAUUCACUACCACAUAAUGGUUCAAUACAUACAUCAAGUACAAAUUCUCAUGCAUCACAAGGAAAUUCUUUGAAUGAAGAAAGUAAAACCAACCUUAUUGUAAAUUAUUUACCUCAAACAAUGACUCAAGAAGAAAUUAGAUCAUUAUUUUCUUCAAUUGGUGAAGUUGAAAGCUGUAAACUUAUUAGAGAUAAAGUCACAGGCCAAAGUUUGGGUUAUGGUUUUGUUAACUACCAUCGACCAGAAGAUGCAGAAAAAGCAAUUAAUACUUUAAAUGGACUAAGAUUACAAAAUAAAACAAUUAAGGUAUCAUUUGCAAGACCUAGUAGUGAAGCAAUUAAAGGGGCUAAUUUGUAUGUCAGUGGUCUUCCAAAACAUAUGACUCAACAAGACCUUGAAAAUUUAUUUAGUCCUUAUGGUCGGAUAAUAACAUCAAGAAUUUUAUGUGAUAAUAUGACUGUGCGACAAUUUGUAGGAAAUACUGGAGGAGAUCAUUCGCCGUCAAUUUCAAAAGGUGUUGGUUUUAUAAGAUUUGAUCAAAGAAUUGAAGCCGAACGAGCAAUUCAAGAAUUAAAUGGAACUGUUCCCAAAGGUUCAACAGAAUCAAUUACUGUGAAGUUUGCCAACAAUCCUAGUAGCAAUAAAGCAGUACCUGCAUUAGCAGCUUAUUUAACUCCUCAAGGAGCUCGAAGGUUUGCUGCUGGCCCUAUUCAUCACCCUACUGGGCGCUUCAGCACUGGAAAGACCAUGCUAGCCAUAAACAAAGGCUUACAGAGAUACUCACCAUUAGCCGGUGAUCUGUUAGCAAACUCCAUGUUACCUGGUAAUUCAAUGAAUGGAUCUGGCUGGUGCAUAUUUGUGUAUAACUUGGCACCGGAAACAGAAGAAAAUGUAUUGUGGCAACUAUUUGGUCCAUUUGGUGCUGUACAGAGUGUUAAAGUUAUUAGAGAUUUGCAAACAAACAAAUGCAAAGGAUUCGGAUUUGUCACUAUGACUAAUUAUGAUGAAGCAGUUGUUGCCAUUCAAUCUCUUAAUGGAUAUACGUUAGGCAACCGUGUACUUCAAGUAUCGUUCAAAACCAAUAAAGGCAAAGGAGAUGCAUCCAGUUUGUUAAUGUCUCUUGCUGAUUCAUUAACUGACUGUUAA